AGGAAUAUUACUUUUAAUGUGCUUGUAUAUUUGACUUGGGAAAGAAAAUAUGUAUUGCAUUGCAUGGAUACAAAUACAAAUUAAAACUUGUUCAGUGUAUGUUAACAUAAAAUUAUAAUUGAGUGUCUGGGCAUGCGUUACCUGUGACCCUUGCGCAUGUGCCCUCUGUGAGGCAAGAUCUCAUCUUAAGCACGAUUUCGGAUCGCCACACCGAUGCUACCUGGCCGAUUGCACACAAUGGUAGUUGUAAGCACUGCAUCUUUGAAUUAUGAAGUGCCUCGAGGCUCUGUUUUGGAGCCUCUUGUUCACAGUGUACAUUUAUCCUUUGAUUCCAUCAUCCGCCACUUGGACCUGCAGUAUCACAUAUAUGCUGAUGACACUUAGUUGCUAGAGUCUGGCCUCACUUCCGAAGGUCUUUAACACCAUACACCACAGUAGAAUCUGUUUAAGCCUGGUUGUCCAGCAACAAAAUGAAAAUAAAUGAUGACAAAUCUGAGGUCCUUCGAACAGCCUCUAAAAAAAAAAAAAAAAAAACCCCCUCAAAUUUAUGCCAUCAUCUACUACCUUUUUUUUUCCUCUGGAGCUAACACCUCUAUCCUAGACCCUCCGAAACCAUGGUGCUACCAUUCUCUUGAAUCUCACAUCAAUGUGUCCACCUUCCUUGAGCUUCCCAUGAUCAGUAAAAUCCAACUUUUCCUGUCAGUUUCUGUCACCGAAAAAGCUAUUGUCUGCUUUUGUGUUGUCCGGCUAAACUACUUCAACUCUCUUAUUCGUCGAUCUCCUUAAAUGCCUGCUUCAAACCAGAAUAAUGCUGGUGCUGUUAUUUUAUACAGGCAGAAAGCAGACCGUACUACACUCCUAUUCGCGAGCUUCACUGGCUGCUGGUUUUAGGUCACAUUGAUCACAAGAUUGCUACAUUGAGCUAUCGUUGUCAUCAGGGCCUUACCUCAGUAUGUCAUAACUGAUGAAGCCUUACCGCCCAAGUUGGUCUCUUUCGGUUUGCUUAUGUUGCCCUCUCUGUGCCAUGCAUCAGACGAGAGAAAUUCGUCAGGCGCUCCUUUUCCUAAGUAAAAGUCUCCUUUUCCUUCUUAGGCCCCCUUCUUUUCAACUGUGUCUACUUUCGAAGCUUUCAACUAAGCACAUUCAGUACAGUGCUUUUUUGUGUGUAAAUACUAAUUUCAAAAUGUAAAUAAACAGCAUAAUAUACAAAAGUUUAAGACAACACAACAUUUACAUUAUUUUCAAGUGUUAAGGAUUUUUUUUUGACGACCAUCCGGAUAUUUAAUGAGCUUUUUUUUUAAAAAAAAUAUAAACAUUUAUUUUCCAUUAACACAUUAAACUUAUUACAGGUUUAACACAUUCUAUACUUAAACAAUUCACACCGUUGCAAUAUAACAUAUAACAGACAUAAGGUAAUGCAUGUCAAAAUAUAUGUACAGAAUUAAAGUGUAGUCACUGCUUAAAUUCUGGUCCACAAGUUGCAUAUAAGGUAGAGAAUCACACCUUUCCAGCAAUGCAAUGACUUUUAGUACUUUCAAGUCGAAAUGAACAGUUUCAAAAGAAGUUUUGUCAUGCAUGUCAACAACUCCUCGACUUAACACAGGAAAUAUUAAGCUCUGAACCGUAUGAACUUAGCUGUUCACAAACCACAUGUAUCAUGCGUCGUAAGACCAUGAAUAUUCCUUGACUGCUGGCAGACGAUUUUUUCCAACUGCUAAAAAAAUUGUCUGCCAGCAGUCCAGUAAUACAAUUUCGAGGUAAGACUAGCAAGUAGACUGAUCGUUGCUUUUGUUGUUCAUAUACUGGUCUCACAGAACAUGUGGCAAUCAAAUACGAAAAACACUUUUACAAAAAUCGUAAAAUAUGGCAAAAGAAGAAAAAAAUUUGAUAUAAAAAAUUCGGAAACAGACGAAAAUAAAUGAGGCAAACGCAAGCAAGGCAAGAAAGCUUUAUUAAUAUUCACAGCUCAACAUAACAUACCAUAACAAUAAACCUUUUAUAAGUGUGCUACUUUUGUCGGUAACACCGGUUCAAGGAUGUAUCCAACAAUGAUGAAAAAAUUAACCAAUUUCCCUCUAAAUUUACAUUUUAAUGAACCACUGUAAAGCAGCUAGAUAUGAAAAAUCUACGCACCGUUGGUUUAUGAGAUUAGUAAACGUUUAAGUAAAAGCCCGGCAGUUCUUCAAUCAGCACAGGCUAUCCUCGUGUUCCAACCAUGAUGUUAAUGUUGCUCAGCGGAAACAGGUCAUGUGAUUCAAAGCGCACUUCUUACUGGCUCACGUGAUCAUUAAAAAAGGCUUCAUUUUAGCGCCAUGACGAUUACCGUUCCUUUCGCGAAGCAGAAGUAGCGUGAUAGGGGUCGAAGUCGACGGAUCUAAAACUUCGAGUACCUAAUCAUGGCAGAGAAAAUAAAAAAGCAAGAUGGACAAUCAGCUAGCUUUAACAUUCCUAAAAUCAAGAGAAGUGCUAGCCAAGCGGUGCUAAGAAAAGUGGAUGUAGCCAGCCGAGAUGUCCAGGAUUUGAUGAAGGAGUUUGAUCGAUCUUUCCUGGAUGUUACUUACAAGGAUCAAUGGAAACUAACCCGUGUAGAGUUUGUUGACAACAAUGCAUUGGAAAAGGCCUACAGAAAAAAAAGAGCUGAGCUGAAAGAUAGUGGGCGGAAUGCUAGAGAACUUCUGGAACUGCUUAGUUACAUGCCGUUCAAGAAAUCUAGUUUUGCAAUAGGAGUUGCAAAAGAAGGCUUGCUCGUGAAAUCUCGCCCUAAUCAUUAUCUAGGGGAUUGUAGCUUUGGUGUACAUGUUUGUAAACAUGCCGAUCCAGUGCUCCGGUUUGGCGAGAGUGUCAGAGAAGCUCACAUAAUGGUUUUCAAAAUUACACCAGGACGCUGCAAAGCAGUUGUAAGCAACAAAGCAAGCGGGCUUGAGCCAACACCUAACUAUGACUGUCAUGUUAGCAGUGUUCAACCAAAAUCAACUGAUACCUACAUGGACCAGCUUAGUAGGUCUCAGAUCUAUCUCUUUGAAUAUGAUGAAAAUGCAGAGGCUUGCAAGCGUCCGAGGCAUUGUUUACCUUAUGCUGUUCUACACUUGGAAAUGAAAAGACAAGUUGAAAAACAGAAGACACAUCUUCCUGUCAAUCCAAAUCUUAUUUCUUCGUCUGCUGCCAGUGCUGGAUGGACUUCAUCCACUCGCUGGACAGUUCCAGAAGCUCUUAGAAGUCAAGCACAGGAAGCUAACAGUGUGGCUUGUAAAUCUCUGACAAAGAUCACAGCACAGGAAAGAGAACCUUGUAACAAAUCAGCAUCUUUAAAAAUGUCAGCUGAAGCUGAAUUUUUGAGGUCUCCAUCCUAUCAAGAAGUUGGUGUUCCGAAAUCCAGUGUGUUUGCUUCAUUAAACUCUGUUCAAGGGAAUCCAGACCGAGUAAAGGGAGACACAAUCCAAACAUGUGAUACGGGUGGUAAAACAUUCUUUCAGUUAGGGAAAGGAAAUGAUGAUAGGGCUAUUGGUGAAGAAACUAAGGAGGUGAUUGGCACUAAAUACCAGAGUGCUGUUUGUCUUAAAAGGGAUCCAAGACUAAGACGUAGCACUUCUGAGGAUGCUGACAAUAAGAUUAAUUCGGAUAAAGAUGGUCUUUUAGCUCGAGCAAGUGAUAGGAACAACUUUCAGGAACCAGAAACUGAUUCUUUAGGGUCAGCAUUUAAUUUCCAUGGUGAAUCGAAAAUUGCAGUGCCAUUCAGAUACACACAGUGAAAUCAGCUUGCCUGCUGAACUAAGCUUGCAUCAAAGAA